UAUGACGGACUGAUAUGAUAAGAGAGAGAUUAGCUUGAGUAUAUGAAAUGAAAACCCGGAUUCUAAAAGAACAGUAAUCAUGCUACUGUGGAGUAGAACUAUACCAUCUUGCUUUAUUCUUCUCUUUGGAUAUACCCAGAGUAAAGCAGUUCUUGAGAAUAAUGGAUACACAGACUUUGUGGUUGCAAUAUCCCCAGAUGUAUCUCAAGAUCAGGAUACCAUUUCAAAUAUCCAGAUAAUGAUGAGAGAAAUGAGCAGAGAACUUUACAUAGCAACUAGAAAAAGAGCUUACCUCAGAACUGUAAAGAUUCUCCUCCCCAAGACCUGGAACUAUCCAGAGGCACAACCAAUCGAAAACGAAUCCUAUGAUUUGGCAGAAUUCAGGAUUGACAACCAAAAUGCUGCCUAUGGUGACAGCCCGUACACUGUACAGACUACUGAAUGUGGGGUUCCUGGGACGUAUACUCAUUUAACUCCAGGAUAUGUUAAAGAUGGAUCAGUUUGGGGAAAUAAAGGCAAAACUUUGGUUCAUGAGUUUGCUAAGCUACGGUGGGGUGUGUUUGAAGAGCAUGGUUACCCAGGAGACAAAAAGUUCCCGAUGUUUUAUCUAAAAACUGAAUGGUCGAUGUCCGGUCAGAAGACAAGUGUAACUCCAAAUUUUUGUGUUAAUAGUGAACUUAGGGGAUACGAGCAGGAUGUAACUGAUGGUGGAGCGUGUAGAGCAGAUUCCUCUGGUUCAGGGUUACCUGAUGGAAACUGUAUAUUCUACGCUACACAAGAUUCGAAACCAACCUCCUCCUAUAUGGCUCUACCAUAUUUAACAACUAACAUAAACUUCUGUGACGAUACAGAGGCACUGUUACAUGAACCCAACCUGCCAAACAAACAAAACUUGUACUGUUCUGGCCGGAGCACAUGGGCUGUUAUACAAGACAGUGAGGACUUUGCAAAUGGCAAUAAUCCAUCAAAUCCAACUAUAACAAACACUGAUCCUGAAUUCAUUAUAUUGGGAGGAGAGGGACAUGUAACGUCCUAUGUACUAGUUAUGGACGUGAGUAAAUCAAUGGAGGAGAAGAAUAGAUUUAUUCCGAUGAAGAAUGCCGCUAAGAGAUGGAUCACAUACGAUGUAGAAGACAACACUCCAGUUGGAAUUAUUUUCUUCGGAGACAACGCUAUUUAUGGUUCUGAUAUGACUGCCAUAAGCGAAACAUCUAGGACAACCCUGACGAAAAUUAUUGAUGAUGUUCCAGCACAAGGUAGAACUUGUAUUACAAUAGGUCUGUUUGAAGCAAUGUACAACAAAGGUUUACUUAACAACUCAACAGGAAAUGUUCUCAUCCUAUUAACGGACGGAGCUCAAAACUGUCCAAUAAGUGGUGCUCCUUCAAUAUCAGAUAUGAUUCCUCGCUUGGUUCAGAAUAAGAUCAGAGUCAUUACUAUUGCUAUUGGUGAUGAUGCUGAUCCUGAGAUUGAAGAUCUUGCUGAGAAGACAGGAGGGAAAAGUUACUUUGUUGAAGAUAACAGCGGACCUGGAGAUUUUAACGAUGCAUUCUCCGGUUCCACAACCAAUCAACCCGGAGAUACCUUGGGAAAUACGGAGAUGACAAUUUAUCAGCACGAUUGGCCCGCCAACAGUACAGAGUUGAAAGGAGUUUUCGAAAUCGACAAUACCAUUGGAAAGGACCUGAAGUUUCAACUAGAAAUAGUUAAAAGUAGAUCUGCCAGCGGAAACUGCAGGGAACCAUUCUUAAUAAAAGUAUACAACCCUGAUCUUCAAGUUAUUAUAGAUCAAAAAUUCACGUGUACAACAGAUAAUUUUGGGAUAUAUCUUUACCAGUUUAAAGACACUGCAGUAGCUGGUAAAUGGCAAUAUUGGCUAACUACCAAGGAGACCUAUGACUCAGUAUCUGUCAAGAUAACAAGUAAGUCCAGGGAUGAUAAUGUGGAUCCUAUACAAACAAGAUGUUGGAUUAAUACAGGAUCACAGUCCCUUGACAGUGAGGUUGACCUCAAGCUGUCCGCCAUGGCGGAGGUCAAGCAAGGGAAUAUGCCUGUCCUAGGAGCUAAAGUCAUUGCCUAUAUUGAACGACCGGAGGAAACUGCCGGAGUUCCGCAACCUCCGUUGGAACUUGAACUAAUGGACAACGGAGCUGGUGCCGACAGUAUUCAGAACGAUGGUAUUUAUACAAGAUAUUUUACACAUUACACGGGUAAGGGUAGAUACAGUGUUAAAUGUCAGGUGGAGGGAAAUGAUGAUACACAAAUCAAUGAAGGUUUCAUUGUUGACAGAUCUAGAGCUCUUCCUGAGAAGACCGGAACUCCUAUGUGUUGUGGAUCCAACACUAUUCUUCCAACAACACGUCUAUCCAAUACUGGAAACUUUACUCGACAAUCAUCUGGAGGAUCUUUCCAGAUCAAAUCCAGCAUCACUGGAGAAGAUAGAACACCUCCAGCCAGAGUACUGGAUCUUCAGGGUUCCUGCUCUGGUCCUGACCUAACCUUUACAGCUCCUGGAGAUGACCUGGAUUCUAAUGAACCUGCUAAAAGUUAUACAAUCAAGUUUGCUCUUACAGCCGGCAAUCUGACAGGAAAUUUGUUUGAAUCUGGGAACAACACUGUUCUGGACAGUUCCUAUAUAUCAUCUGGAGUGUUGAACCCGGUGAAUGGCGGGAGUCAGGUUAAGUUGACCCUAAAGCGGGAGAAGUUUGAUUUAUCUAAUCUGUAUUUCUUUGCUAUGAAAGCCACUGAUGAAGCUGGAAAUGAGAGUCCUGGUUCAAAUAUUGUUAGCACUGUACUGACAUGCGCAAAUACAACCACCACUACCACCACUACCACUCCUAGCAGUGGGCACACCUUGAUAAACGGUUUCAAUCUUCUGCCUGUUUUGUCAUCAUUUGUUCUCUAUUUCCAUAAAUAAUUUAACAUUCAUUAUCUAUUCAUUUUUUUAAAAAGUAAUUUAAUGAUAAUUCAAUUGUUUGGUUUGACAGAAAAUAAAUGUUUCCAAAUUAG